AUGGCCAUUCUUCUCCUACCCACGGUUUCCUUUGCGACGAAAGAGAAACAACAGCGCUUUUUCUCCCUUCUCCAAAGCGUGGCCGAAGAAAGCUGGGCGGACGAACCAGACUGUCUCGGCUACUGCUGGUUGGUUUCUGUCGUGCCAGCAGAGCUGCGCGUUUGUGGCUUUGAGCUCUAUUCGAACGCCGCGGCCUUGACAGAGGUCCAUCGAGCUGGCACGGCCUACGGAAGGUUCAAAACGGCUCUCACGCAGGAGGAACUGGCACCUCCUCCCUCCCGCGACGACCUGAGAUUUUGGUGUCCCGUGCUAGACCCCUGCCCAGAACUGAACAAAUCUCACGGUGAAGAUACCCCGUUGACUUUCUUGGUGAGCAAAUAUCAGCUGGACAGCUCAGAGAGACGAGAGGCAUUGCUGAAGGACUUUGAAUCGGAGCACGGAGAAGCUCAAAGCACCACUUCUGCAACACGCAUUGUUGCCACCGCGCCUGACAGUCAUGAUGUGGUCACGGUGCACAUUGCACACUCUACCGCGCUCGAUGAUUUGAGGUGCAAGAAGAUUGAGGAACAGUCUAGGUAUGUGAUAAGGAUGCUUCCAUUGUCGGCCCUGGUGAUUAUGUACUCAUGCGGUCUCACACAGGAUGCGAGAAAUGGGGGUGCGAGAGACUUGCCAUCUCUGGCGGACAUCUUCAGUCGGAUUUCUUCGUGGAAAUUCUGCCAGGGAAAGUUCCAGUAA